AUGACGACAACAGCAGGGUACCGCUCGCCGGCGCCCAACUCGAAUGAGGAAGGCUUCACCUCCUUCGGCUUCCUCGACGACUCCCAAAACCAGCAGGAGUCCACGUUUGCGCUCGGCAGCCUCUUGAGCCGUGUCAAGUCUGCGCUAGCCGGCGGGCUCACCGUCGAGAAUGACUCCGCUCACGGAGCCAGAAGCGACCAGCUUGACACGCCAUCAGCCUCUCGUCACAGCUCGGGGACCUACUCAGCCAAGUCCACUAGUCGACAACUGCCCCAAUCUCCAUCUACAGGCGCAUCACAGCUCGCUGCGUACAAUUCAUCCAAUCUAUUACAGUAUGCCGGCAUCGGCUCCAAUCGACUUGCCUCGAUGCCACAACACAGAAAGGCUUCCAUCGCGCGUCCAGCAAGAGGCGGACUCAGCAACAUCGAUGAGUACCCUGAAAGCAGCCAAGCUGCCAAUUCACGAAACAUCUCGCCUUCAGGUCGCCCAGGUCCUGCCGAAGCUGGGCCAUCCAGGCUACGCAACGAUACUACCACGGCUGAUGCUCAUAGAGCGCAGUCAGGCCAGAUGGCUCGCUAUGGCGGCCUCCGCCCCUCAAACAGCUCUCCGUCGAUCAGCACAUCGCGCUCGAUAUCGGGUAUCACAAGUAACGCUGGCUCGUCUACCUCCAGCCGUCUGCCCCUAAAGCUGCGCAGAGUAGCUCCAGCUCCGGCUGUCACAUUCACCUCGCCUGCAACCGCCAUCCAUGCUCGCUCGAUUCUCGCAGGGCUUGCAGGCAGCUGCACCGAUGAUCGAGAAUCUGUCAUUGCCGACGAUGGCGACAUGGAUCCGGACUCAUCACGCGAUACCCUUUUCAUGCUGCGUGGAGGCAUCGACGGCGCCAUUGAUCGAUCACACCUGGCAAAGCAUGGAUGGUCUGCGAUUCCUGGCUUCCCACUAUCGAAGGAUAUUUUGGCAGAUGACACCAAGUCAGUGAGGAGCAGCUCAACUCGACUUCACCGAGUCGACACCAUCGAUGAGCAUCUGGGCAACAGAUCUGAAGCACAGAUCGGCCUGCAGACAAGUGCGGAUGCCAUUGUGCGCAGGAUGAGAGGCGAAGGUCUCAGCCGCAAGUUCUGGAUGGCUGAUGAGAACGCAAAGGAGUGUCGAGAGUGUCUAUCGGUCUUCACACCUUUUCGCCGAAAGCAUCAUUGUCGAAUCUGCGGUCAGAUCUUUUGCGGUAGAUGUGCAGCUCACAUCAUCAAGGGCAAGCGCUUCAAUUUCGAAGGCAUGAUCCGCGUCUGCAACUUUUGCAAGCGCAUGCUCGAAGAGUAUGAUCGACACGAGCGCGAAGGUCAGCAUCAGCAAAAGCUCAACGUCGCUCAAAGAGCCAGCAAGAAUCCGAAUCGAGUCCAACCAGAUAAGGACAUGAUCUCAGCACCUCUGGAAGCGCAGAUCCAAAGUCCACAGGCGCAGUUUGCGGCAAAUCACCUCUUUGCCAGUGCAUCGGCAGGUCCAUCCUCGUUCAGUGCUGGCAUACAUCAGAGCAUAUCAGCAUCUUUUGGAUUCGCUGACAAUGACUCUUUUGCAGGGACGGAGGCGCACAACGGCACUACAGGAGGGCAAAAGAAGGCCAAUGCAACAGAGCAGGCACGCAAACGCAAGCCGGACGCGACCCCAGUGGCACCCUUCCGUAAAGGUAUGGAUGAAGAAGAGCUGGUACCUGCCGAGCCAGACCCAGAAGACGAUCAGCCAGCCGCUUCUCAGCUCACAGAAGCCAACAUCGAACGCGUCUCCUCCGCUGUCGGCUCUUCGCAUCAUACGCCUCAGAAUCGGACGCCAGAUAUCAACGAUACUGCCUCGACAGCUGUGCCAUCACCAGCGAACUCAGCUGCUCCCGCACAGCCCGCAGCGUCAAGUUCGUCCAAGGUCAAAGAUGGCACUGCAGGUGUAGUCUUCCCGUCCUCGGGACCAUCUGUGAAUGACACUCCAUCGGCCAUUCAGUCCACUUCUGACUACCCACGUCUACGUCUAGUCAGUGAGACGUCACGACCCGUCACUCGUUCUCGCAUGCGUUCAUUGCGGACUAUUGCCUCCCUUGACCCCUCUCAAGCUAGUGCUUUGAUCCGAUCCCGCUUCCAUGGCAACGGUCGCAACGAGUCGCCGGUUCCUCCGUUGCAGCAUCCCCACGAAGAUGAAGAAGUCGCGGUAGACCACAAUGAAACCCCGGAAUUCUAUCGCGAGCUCCGCAUCUGCUCUGAAGGCAUCACACCAGCACUGCUGGAGGCAUCGAUCACACAUCGUGCGCUCGAGCAUCUCCGAAAGAUGAUGGCACAGACUCUAAGGCAAUCUGGUAUCCAUAACGAGCGCAAAUGGUGCGACGUGCUUCUGCCCUUCGUCUUGACCACCAUCUCACGUGUCAAGCCCGAUGCACGCGAAGAUCAGAGUCGCGACAUUGGCGAAUUCGUCAAGAUUAAGCGCAUCCCUGGAGGCAAGCCUGACGAUUCCGAGUACGUCGACGGCUACGUCUGUACAAAGCACGUCGCUACAAAGCGCAUGGCUUCUCGAAUCCCGCUGACGAACGCACGCAUCAUCGUGAUUUGCUUCCCACUCGACUAUCACCGCGGUCCCAACCAGUUCAUGUCGCUUGAGCCACUCAUGGCGCAGGAGCACGAGUUCAUCCGCAUUCUCGUGGCCCGUAUCAUUGCCCUGCGUCCGCAGAUUGUCGUCGUCGAAAAGACAGUCUCUCGCAUCGCCCUCGAGCUGUUGGAGAAGGAAGGCAUCGUCGUCGUCUGGAGCGUCAAGGCGGAUGCGAUCCGAGCCAUCAGUAGAUGCACCCAGGCCGACAUUAUUACUUCGAUUGAUCGACUCGCCCUUGACCCACGCAUCGGCCGAUGCCGCUACUUCAACGUCGAGACCUUCCAGCAUGCAUCUGCGCCGGCGUGGAGAAAGAGCUUCAUGCGCUUUGAAGGCACACCCAAGCAGCUCGGCUGUACCAUCGUGCUGCGUGGUGCCGACGGUGAUAGACUCAGUAGUGUCAAGAAAAUUCUGGCCAUGAUGAUCUUUGUCGCCUACAACUUGCGCUUGGAAGGCCACGUCAUGGCUGACGAAGGUGCUGCUAUGGAGACCAUCUACUCUGACAGCAGUCUUCUGAAUGGAUCGCAUCCAUGUGGCACCGUCGAGGCAGACACCUCGAACAGUGCUGCUGAUGAGCUCAAGCGCCUGGCAGCUGAGCGUGACUUCGAGAUGGGCGAGGAGGCAUCGAGUCAGCUGGGUCGAGUUGGUGACGACAAGACCUUCAUGCUGCAGUCGCGUGCUCGUAUCCUGCGAGCUCUCAGCAUCUACGAGACGACGCUGAUCACCUCUUCCGUCUGCAUCCAGAUCCCUGCACCUUAUCCCAUUCUGCAGCUGAAGCGCGUCAACGAUCGUCUCAUGCAGCUGCUGGCGCAACAAGAGGCAGAAGAGCUGCAAAGGAUUCUGAAGGAUGAGGGCAGGCUACAGGACAGAGCUCUGACACCACCAGCUUCUAUUAACCAGCUCCCUGAUGACGCUGUGCUGGAUGCGAAAGCAGUGGACGACGACUCCACUCCCACGCCGAAGCCGACUAAGACGAGUGACUCUGCGGGCAUCUCGCCGAGAGAUGCAGCUGAAGUCGAGGCGCCGAUGGAAUCUCCAUCUGCCGAAGACCUGACGCCAAAGUACGAAGUGCCUGGUGCUCGCAUCCACGAUACCAUCGUCGAAGAGGGUGAAGAGAGCAGCUCGGACGUAUCGCCCUCAUCUCCUCGCUCUUCGACACCGCAGCCAGUCCCUACGUCAGUUCAACUGGAGCAGCUUCAGGCCGGAGAGAAGGCAAAUGUAGACGUGACUGAGUCUGCCUCUCAGAGACGGGAAGCUAGCGACGCAACGGUCACGAUCGAAACGGCCAGUCCCGCGGUAAGCGGGCCUAACACGACUACACCUACACCUCGACCCUCAUCACCUGUGCAGAAUCGGCAGAAGGAUGCAAACAGCGCUGCAUCGAUCUCAGCUGCGUCCGAUACUGCACAGAGUCUUGCAUCAGCUGACACGUCGAUCAGCAGAUCUGUCUCUGCGCCUGCCUCCGAGGUGCCGACUCGUACAACCUCGCCUGGUCCUGGCUUGAUCCUCUCUCAUACAAGUCAACCGUCCACUGCGACGGUGGCUCCAAGCACAGCAUCCUCGCUCAACACCAUCAAGCAGCAGGAGCAAUUGCCCGUCUUCGACCUCUUCGCGCUUCUGAAGGUGCCAUCACAGAUUGCCAAAGACUCCGAGUUCGCAAUUACGGUCGACAGACAUCGGGCUUCGCUGAUGGAGUGGGGAGGCUAUCUCGACAUCCAGCCCGAAUCGGUCUCGCCAUUCAACCACAAGCGCAUCCAGCUCAUCGUUACACGUCACUGCACGCUCACACCCCGACCGUGUGAGGGGCCCAGUCUCGCGUCGAUCGAGUUCUAUGGCGAGCAUGAUGAGACGCUCGGCGAGCACAUCGAGCGUUUGGCUGCCAACAGUGCCAAGGGCUGCGCAACAAAGGGUUGCGCCAAGAACAACGUGCUGCACUACAUCACAUUUGUGCACAAUCGCAUUCGCAUCCAGGUGGUUCUCGAACGCUUCGUCUGUCCACUGCCAAACGAGGAGAACAGGCUGCUCAGUUGGAGCUACUGCAAGGUCUGCGAGAAUGCCACGCCUGUUGCGCUCGUAACCGCCGAGACUUGGAGUUUCAGCUUUGCCAAGUAUCUCGAGCUCUACUUCUACCGACACGAUCACUGCAAGACCCAACUGUGCGAGCAUGACUUCUACCGGGACCAGGUGCGCUACUUUGCCUACCAGAACAUGGCAGUGCGCUUCCACUCCGAGGAGGUUGACGAUCUCUUCGAGGUCACAAUGCCACACUUCAAGCUCUUCAUCAACCCCGAAGUACAGUGCAACAUCAAAAACGAGGAGACGGCUGCCUUCGUCCGCAAGAGUCAGGCUUACUGGGACAGUGUCAUGGUGCGCAUUCGUGCAUUCGGAAAUGAUGCAUGCUCCGAAGCGGCUGGCAUUAACCGCGACAAGAACAGAGCCAUUAUCUCUGAGAUGAUCAAGAGAUGCGAGCUGGACCGUCGCGAGGUGGAAGUGCUGGUUGCUGAGCUCUACGAGUUCAGUCCGGCGACUGAUGUUCUGUGUCUCAACCAAGCGCGUAGGAUGUUGCAAGAGAAGGUGGUCAAGUGGGACAUUGACUUUAUCGAGUUCGAAAAGAACUGCAUUCCGUCCGAGAAGGACAUUCGUCGAAUCACGACCACGCAUCUCAAGCGAUUGUUCUCAGAGAAGGAUCCGUCAGAAGCGGCGAGGUCCGAAACGGGCUCGAGCAUUCUGCCGCCUGCUGCUGAGAUCGACGAGAGUUCGACAGACGCUGCUGAAAGUAAACCCAAAGGCCGUGAUGCAGAGAAGGCGGAUCAGGAGAAGUCCAAGUCGGCAAACAAAACCAACGCAGGGAGUGCAAACAUGCAAGCUGCUGAAGCUCUCGCGCUGGCAGGUGCAGACCUGUCGCUAGUGCCGAUGCUAUCUGACUUGGUCACACAUACUGUCGAUACGCCAGCCAGCGAGGUGCCCCCCAUUUUGGGAGAGUCUGGCAAGCUUGUGCCGGCCCCGGUGCAGACUGAUGCGAACGGCGACAAUGCGUCGGAAGCGGUCUCGCGAUCUAAGACUGUCCCGACUCAGCUCAACAGGGUGGGCCGUGCGGACACAAGUAAGUAUUGCGACGGCAACUUUGACGACGAGACAGAUGCGGCAGACCUCUCGCCAGUCGAGGUGCGUCCCAUGAUCAGCCGUCGAGCGCUUUCCAACUCAGUGACGGCACCUGCUUCACCGACUUAUGGCAAGUCUCGAGGCUUGUUCGAUCCGGCUGGCUACCCACGAGCAGACGAGAGCUCAUGCACAGAGAGCGAGCUGGUCGGCUCGGUGACUGGCCUGAUUCGUCGCUUCGAUUGCCCGAGACGCAACACUACAGGUCUGCCUGCUUCCAGCUCCGGCGCAGGAGUUAGCCAGGCUGGCUCGACCGAUGCAGCUGCCCUUCGAGCGGGUGUCAAUGGCUCUAUCCGGCGUCCAAGCCUGCGUCGCGGCAAGACCGAAGAAGUGGUGUCGACUCACGCCAAAGAGCUUUUGAGGAGUCGCAAGGCUUCAGCAUCGCACGACAACGGACCUGACUCGAAUGCCAACUCGCCCACCACGGCUACAAAUGCAAAUGGCCGCGGCAGUCGUCUCCCUCGAGCCAAACGAAGCGAUUCCAGCACUUCCACCGCGACGCUUGGAAGCAGGAGCGGAUCAGCGACACCAGUCAAGGGUGCUCAGCUUCCUCCCCCAUCCAGCUACAGGCCGCCAAAGGGUGAAGGGCUCAAAGCUGGACCGCGUGCCAUCAUCGGACGAUCAGGAGCGUCAGCGGCAGCAGCUGCACUUGCCUCAGCUACCUCUGCAGCGUCCGCUGCGACAGGCAACCGAAGUCAGAGUGGUGCUUACCAGUCUGAUGGCGCGGGAAGCAGUCGCAUUGCCGGUAGCCGUGUGCCAGUGGCACGAAGGGGCGAGAACGCUCCUGGAACUCGCAGUCGCGUCUCGACCAUCGCGAAGCACUUUGAUCGCAUCAGCAAGGAGGCAGAGAGGGAGCGUGAACGACAGCAUCGUCUCUUGCUUGCACAGAGAGCCAAGCGAGCUCGUCCCGUCGCCAUGACUCGAGCCAGAGUCGAGGUGUUCAGUAGCGUACGAGAAGCCGUUCGUGAUGACGAGAGCGAGCCCGACUCAGCUGUAGAGAACAGCGAGGAUGAUGGUGCAUCUGCCGACGACGAGAGCGAAGCUGACGAGGACGACGACUCGGAUGAGGACGCUUCUACGGAAGCGACCAGCUUCGGAGCUAAACGCAAUGGUCUGGUUAUGACACUGGGCCAUCGACCGCAGAGCCAUGCACUCGCCAAGCAGCGGAAGAGGACCAGCUCGGAUCAGGCUCGCAAGCAUGGAGGGCAGCAAGAGGGCGGCGAUUCGAUCAAGCAGUCUGCAUUGGCGCGCAAGGGCAAGGAAGGCGAAAGAGACUCGACGAUCAAGGGAACACGCGUUCCGACAUCCUCUUCUGCCAAGACCAAUGGUGCAGACAUCGACCCUUCUGCUUCUGUGACGACUGCAGCCACUGCGGCGACGCCAACUUCUUCUUCGCUCGUUGAUGACGCUUGCACAAUUGCCAGCCAAGAGACUGGCCGAGCAACAAACAUCUCACUUCCUGCUGUGAGCGAGCUCGAGUCAGAUGCACAGUCGAUUGCUCCUUCCUCCUUGGCAACCACCAACAACAGUGCGCAGCUCACAUUGCCAUCCUACCUCCGCAGCGGUUUCACAUCCGAUUCGGACUUCAUGCCAAGUCUCGAGAGAAGCUUCCUCAAGACACUCUCUGGUUUCUGGGCUUUCCGCACAGGCGAGAUGGUGCCGCUCGAGUAUCCGAUGCUCAACUCAGAGCACGUCUUUGCGGACUCGGAUAUCAUCUUCCGUGAAGACGAGCCUACAUCGAUCGUUUCUUUCACCUUGAGCUCAACGCAGUACAAGGAGCGGCUGAAGGGGAUGCGCAAUGAGACGCCAUGGGUCAAGGAGAAGGAUCAAGCUUCGAUGCAUGACAAACCAAGUGUUGAUGGCUCGACGGACGGAUGGGGCAUCGUCGAUAUGGAUACCAAUGAGCUCGAGGGCACGCUCAAGAAGGAGGGUCGACACUUCCGCUGCGAGUUCGAGUCCGGAUCGACCCGGCUUUGGUGCAAGAUCUUGUUCGCUGAGCAGUUUGAUGCGCUGCGCAGGACGUGUGCAUGUGACGUGUCGGUGGUCGAGUCACUCUCACGCUGCUUCAAAUGGGACUCGUCUGGUGGCAAGUCAGGGUCAGCGUUCCUCAAGACGCGCGAUCAUCGACUCGUUGUCAAGCAGCUCUCGCGAUUCGAGAUGGAUGCCUUUUCCAAGUUUGCGCCUCAGUACUUUGCCUACAUGUCGCAAUGCCUUUCGCGAGGACGGAGGACAGCGUUGGCCAAGAUCUUUGGCUGCUUCCGAAUCGGCUUCCGCAAUCCUCAAACAGGCAAAAGCAUCAAGUUGGACUGCUUUGUGAUGGAGAACCUCUUCUACGGUCUUGAAGGCAUCCGAUCGUACGAUCUCAAAGGAAGCACACGCAAUCGCUACGUCCCAGAAACAGGCAAAGACAGCGAGGUGCUCCUCGACGAGAACCUGAUCGAGACCAACCAUCUCAAUCCGAUCUUCAUCCGCGAACACUCGAAGAAGCUGCUACGUGCAAGUCUAUACAACGACUCGCUCUUCUUGGCGGACAUGAAUGUGAUGGAUUACUCGCUGAUGGUGGGAGUUGAUAGGCAGAGCAAGCAGCUUGUGGUGGGUAUCAUUGACUUUGUGCGGACAUAUACAUGGGAUAAGAGGGUAGAGAGCUUUGUCAAGGAGACAGCGCUACUGGGUGGUGCAGGUAAGGGAGAGCCAACGAUCAUCACACCGCCGGAUUACAGAACGAGGUUCCUGACGUUUAUUGAUAAGGCGCUGCUGUUGAUGCCUGAUCACUGGGUCGAGGAUUGGACGCUUUAG